AUGAUUUUUAAUGAAACUAUAAAUUAUUUUACUAAUUGGUGGUAUAUUCCAGUGGUGAGUUAUGGGAAGACAGAGUUAGCCUAAGUUCUCUGAUUUCAGGAAGAAGUAUUUGUAUACAGUUGUCAUCUUGUCAUCUGCACUCUCGUCUAUUUCUUAUCAAUUGUCACACUUGGAACUCUAACCCUAAGAAAUCUUCGAGCCCGCUUCACAAAUCAUCAAGAAGAUCAGCGAACCAAAGAUAUGAUGAGACGAAUGACGAUCAUAGUUGCCAUAAAUUCAGUAGUCUAUCUGAUGCUCAUAGUCUGGGAGUUCACGAUAGGUUUGCUCUUUCCUGAUAUGAAUAGUGACGAGCAAUCAAAUAUGCUGAUGUGCGUUUCAGACAUGGUGAGUUGAAGCUGGGAGAAAUAUCUAUAAUUUUGUAUUUUCCAGCUAAGUUUCAGUAUGCCGUAUACAUUAUUGAUUUGUGAUAGAAAUGUUCGAGAUGUGAUUUUUGGCCAGAAUCUGUUCAGUUUCCAACUUCGUUCUAAUGGAAGCUCAGUUGGACCUAGAGUAUAA